GGUCCAGGAGGCGGACGCCGCCGCGGAGGCGCUGCCCGAGGAGCAGCCGCCCCCACCGGCGGCGCGGCGGCUGCUCGUCCGGCCUGAGGUAGGCCACGAGGCCGACGCGCUGCGGCAGCAGGUCGCGGAUGCGCGCCGGAGGCUGGAGGCCUACGACAGGGAGGUGACGAAGCUGACCAAGCAGCUGAAGCAGUGCCGCACCGCCGUUUGGGAGCAGCAGCGACUGCAGAGCGCGAGCGAGGCUGGCCUCGCGCGGCUGAUCGCGGAGAGGAUCGGCGAGCUGCCCCCGGGGACGGCGGAGGAGCUGCAGAGGGCCGACGCCGCCGCCAGGGAGUUGGCGCAGGAGCUCAGCGAGGCGCGGGCCCAGGCCUCGCGGUGGUCGUCGAUGGCCAAGCGCCAGGACACCAUGCUCCAGCAGGAGCUGGAGGCGGCCGAGGGCGACGCCCACCUCCGCCUCCUCGCGAGGCACCCCGCCGGCGAGGUGUUCAUGGUCCGGCAGUACAAUCGCGACAUGGACAGCGAGGACGGCUACAGCGACGCCCCCCCCCGCCACGGGAUCCGCCGGCAGAUGGGCCCAGACGACGCCGACAUGACCAGCGAGGACGAGACGGCCACAACCGCCACGGGUGGCGGGCCGCUUGGGCUCCGGCCCCGCGUCGGCGUCGGCGGCGCGGACUCCGACAGCAGCAGCGUGCCGCCGAGCCCGUCCGACGGCACUGGAAGCGCGUCCGCCGGCGCCAGCGGGGGCGUGGCCGCGUCGCUGGCAGCCGCGGCGGCCGCCGGGCGCGGCGGCGCCGCCCAGAGGAAGGGCGACACGUCGUCGGACGAGGAGGCGGGCUCCUCCGCCGGCCCCAGCAGCGCGUCCGCGGGCGCAAGCGGGGGCGUCGGCGCGUCGCUGGCCGCGGCGGCCAGGGGGCGCAACGGCGGCCUGCAGAGUAAGGGCGACACGUCGUCGGACGAGGACCAGGAGCCCCGCGCAGCGCAGCGGCCACGCGGCGCCCUGGCGACCGCCCACCUGGCAGCGCAGACUUUCGCGGACAUCGCGGGCUCCGAGGAGCACCGGGGGCGGCGGCAGCCUGCGCCAGCGCCGGCCGCUGCCGUCAGCCGGGGCCGCCCUGUGGUCCGCGCCGACGAGGCCGAGGAGAUCUCUUCAGAGGAGGACAUCGUCGAGUUCGAGGAGGACAGCGAGGGGAGUGCGUGAAUUAAUCGGUGGCGGAUGUUGCCGCGACAACCUCCUUGUGCAGUCCAGCUCCGGCCGCCUCUUCAAUAUUAUUUCGCGGCCCCUGCUCUUUGCGCACUGGACUAGGCGCGGCGUUUGCUUGCACGGGAGCUGUGGCCAGGCGUCGAAAGGGGGGAAAAGGGACGGCGGCGCACGUGCGGCGGACAUCGGCAGAGCAGCACGCGGCAGGCCACCCAGACCCUUUUCCGCACCGCGGAAGGAUCACGACCGAAGGCAGCCACACGUGGACGACGAGAAGAGCAGAGCCUUGCGCACGACGACAUAGAGUCGGGGCCCUGAAG